AUGACCACCAGGGCUAUAAGGAAUCUCACCGUAUUCGCAGGUACCCAUCUCGACCUCCCCUCUCAAGAUCACCCACAACUCGUCACAAACGAUGGUUUCGAAGUCGAUGAAGAUACCUUUUUCCGUCCUGUUUCUGACAACCCCACUCAGCUCAUUGGAGAGAAUGGAACAACUCAAGAAGUUCCCAUGAUAGAGGAUACACAAGUGGAACAAGAAGCUCAAGACGACAUAACCCCCCUCCUCACAGCCGCAGACAGUCUUGUACUCUCUUACUCCCUCACUCAAUCUCGUCUACAUCAUAUCAACCAUCUUCUCCCUCAUAUAUUCUCCCACCCUCUCAUACCUUCUCACUCUAGACCUCGUGCUCGUCCACCUCCAAAAUCAACUUUCCUCUUCCCCACCCCUCCACCCUUGGUCCAACCCCUUCCCAAUCCUGAAUAUCACGGUCCAUCUUCCGGUCCCUCCACUCCGGCUCCAGAUGGAGACGACACACCCAAAGUCAAAGGUAAAAACAAGAGGGAUAGAGAGAGCGAAGCUCCAGCUCAUGAGAUUGAAUGUAUAGCUAGGGUCACUUUGAGUAUAGGACCGAUAUCAUAUCCCGAUACGGAACUUUGGGUUGGGAGGUUCGUUCAGCCGCAGACUGUGAUCAAGAAAGUAAGAGCUAAACCUGAUAAAGAGAAGAGGGAUAGUAUAGGAGGUGAAGGAUCGAAACGCUCCAAAGUCAUUCAAAAGUCUUCUACAAUCUCGACCACGCCUCUGACAACUGCGACUCAAGUAGCUCGUCCGAGCCCGAUUCAAAAUCAGAAUCAAACUCCUACUCAGCCAGAAAAACGUAGUAUACCUCAGACUUUGAUACAAAGGGUCAAUGUGGCUGCUUCCAAUCGUCCUUGGUUAUCGGUCAUUAUUCACAAAGCCGCUCGACAGCAAGCUUCAAAAGAAGAGUUGGCGACUUUGGGUAGAGUAGUCGCUCGUCUGAAACUGGGACAAGAUAUCGAAGAUGAAAUCAGCGGACAAAUCCCUGUGCCCGCUACCACCGCUAAAGGGUCAACCUCGCAAUCCACCAAUGCAACAAAAACGCUACCGCCAUCUCAUGCUGGCGGUUCUUCUCCUGUCGAUUCCGGUAGAAAACCACCCAGUGCCGUCGACAACACUUUGGAAGAGGACGAUAGUGAUGUCGAUAUGACUGGUCCUCCUCAAGUAGGUGGUGGCCCCAUCCCUCCGUCGCCAUCUCCAGCUGCGACCACCAACCCAUCUCAGACAAAGACGAAUCAGACAAAAUCGCCACAAUCAUCCAAGCUUCAAGAAGCCAGCCUCUCACAGUCGACACCUCUCAGUCGUCCACCAGCUGCACCGACUCACCUAAGUCAUUCACAGCAAUCAUCCAAUAUACCUCAUUACCCACCAGGAUCCGUUCCUAUUACUUCCACUCGACCUACUACCACACCUACCAUCUCUUCGCCCCUUGCCACAACCCAUCCCGCCAAACCCACUUAUUCCCAACCACCACCCUUCAUGCUCAUAGCUUUCCGUGAGCUUCCAACGGAGAAAUACCUCUUACCCAUUGGACUCAACUCUUAUAUAUCUCGUGUGGGAGGCGAUCACGUUACGUCACAUCCUCCCGUUUCGACGCAGCCAGAUCCCACCUUGAGUCGACCUCCACCCAGCGGUAUCGAAGGAACUUCAAAUACGCCAGAGCCUUCUAGCAUUGAGGCACCCACUGUGAGUGGUCGAACACGAGCACGACAAUCUAUCGGUAAACCACCUAAAACCGUUACUCCUCCAGCGAAAGAACCAACUCCGAUUCCUGAACCAUCUAAAUCUGAGUCUUGCAAAUCAAAUCUACCUGCUUUACCCGGAAUGUCACCUUCUCCUGGUACUGUGUUAUUAUCGACGUUCUUGCCUGCUGAAUGGGUGACUCCGGAUUGGGAGAAACUUGGAAAACGUUUGCCUUUCAACAAUCCUCAUUUGACGUAUUUGCCAAGUGCUGUUCAGUCUGUAAAGCAAGAAGUGUUAGAAACUCCUCGAGAGGCUGAAAUUGAGGGUGGUGUUGACGGUACUGCCAGCAAAUCUCCCAAAGCUUCCAAAGUCUCUCGACCUCUGCGACACCUUCAGGAAAUGUUUUCUCAAGAACCUGCUAGAAAAUCAACAAAGCCAACCAUUCUCAAUCUAGGCGCUGAGGAUUUCUUACCUCCCAACGGUCCAUUGCAAGCUGUGACCAUUCGUUUGAGUCAAGUGGACGACAAAACCUGGUUCAAGAUGAAAGAGAUCAUGGGGAUUGUGGAAGAACAAGAGCUUCGAGCGAUGUUGAUCAACGAACCUGAAAUAAUACCAUCACCAUCAUCACUUACACUAUCUUCAUCUGUCAUCAGUAACGAUGUCACACAGUCCUUAUCUAUACCAUCUGCUCACCCUCCUUCUGUAUCUUCAAAUCCAUUCACUGAAGAGAACAUCACCAAACUUCGUUCCAUUUAUCACGAACGCCGAAGAGUUCAUUUCACAAAUCUGAUUAAUCGAGUUGCUCCACGUAAAUUCCUUCGAACUCGAUUAUCUUCCCCACCUCCAUCAGUGGUAGAAGCUACCACAGACAAAUUCGCUCAAAGACCUUAUACACUAACUACAAAACCUCUUCAUUCGAAUUCUCCUCCUCCGGAAGAUUACACCCUUGGCUUACCGGUUUCUCCAGAGAUGAAAACCAAAAAGAAGGGUCAAGAAUCGAACAUCACUUUCGAAAUGCCUGUAUCGUUGGAUUACUUGGAUGAGAGGGUGGAACAUGGUGCAGAGGGUUUAUUGAAGAAAGGUUGGAAAAAAGGUCAGAAAGUUGAGGAUGAUGGGAGAAAAGGUUGGCAUGCUGAUGGGAGGAAGAAACAUGGUAGAAGGUGGGUAGAGGGAAAGGUUUGUGAAGGUUGUGCUGGUGUUGGAUUGAGGGUUUGGAGGACUGGACCUGGUGGGAAAGGGACUCUGUGCAACAAAUGCGGUAUCAAGUACCUCGCAGGGACAUUAGGAGAACUCAAAGCGCCUGGUGAGGCGACUGAAGGUGAUGACGAACGAGGAAGCACUACUCCCUUGGUCGAAGGCACAUCCGAGCCUCCUAAUACGGGUCUUACAAACGACGUUGAUAUGACACCCGCAAAAGCUGUGUCAGGUGACGGACCGAUAGAUGACUCUGUGUCUGACGUGGAUACCUCCACUGUAGGAGCUACUGGAAAGGGAAAGUCGGAAGUACAAGUCGAGCAAGUGACAAAGGUCGAACUCUUCCAGUUGACCGACGUCAACUCUACCAAGGACAUGGUAGCACCAACUACCGGGAUGACCAACGGGGAGACAGCACCUCUCGUUCCUAUGACAGUGCCGGAGGUGGAGGGAGUCUUGGCAGAGGAGUGA